UUGCACUAAGCCACACAUCUUUAAUUUCAGGUUGAAUCAAUGGGUAUUAUGGGACACAAACGGAUUACAAGACUUGAUCCUGUCGUUCUCGAUCCUUCCAAGCCUCAAGCUCAUUCUUCCGAACCUCAACCUUAUCCCUCCGAACCUCAAGCUCAUAUCUCCGAACCUCAACCUUAUCCCUCCGCCAUGAACUACGAAACAUUCGCCGAAAAUUCUCCUUACUCCGAUGUGUACAGUGAUUCCGAUUAUAUGGCGGAUUCUCCCAUGAGCAAUCUAAUGAUGAACGACUCCCCGUUCCAGGGGCUGGACCCCACCACCAGGUUGCAGGGGUCCAGGCCAAUGAAUGAGAAUGAGCUGAGGAUAUUGAAGAGUAUGAGCUGGGACUCUAUGAGGAAUUAUUACAGAUCUGAUCCUGUUGUUCAACUCUUCAACAAGGGAACUGGACAGAACCUUGUAGUUUCAAGAGAUGGAAAAGUGUCCUUUGGAAGUAAUCCAAAUUCUAUUUCAACAAUGUUCCGACAAACCUUUGAGAGAGGUUUAGUGAGUAUUUCAAGCAUGCUGCACUGCUUUGAAAUCUGCCUGGACAAGCAUGGACAAGUGUACACUAAGGAUUUUUCUGACGAAGAUCCUGAAUGCUAUUUCAACACAAGUUAUGGCUUAAAUGGAGUCACCGACAAUUCUAAACUAGUAAGUCCAGUACACAGUAAUAAAACUCAUAAGAUGUAUGUCUCUGUGCUGGGCACUGAAAAUAAAAGGAUCGCGGGUAUUCAGCUAGCUGAUAGUCAGACUGGACUGGGAUUAGAACUUAGAGAAUGGGUGUUUUUAACAGUCAAUGAAACAGAGUUGGAAUCUUAUUCACAAACCUUCAGGGAACGAGAAAUCCACCUGAACGUGCUCGUGAACAGACGAGCCUGGUCUAAAAACUACUGUGAUAAUCUGACAAAUAAAAGAAGAAAAUACAAGAAGAAAAUUAAAUCUCACUGUCAAAAACAUAAUAUCAAAGAUUUUAAGAUCUGUGAAGACGAGUAUACUUGCUUAAAGCAGAGGAAACGAAUGGGUCCUGGAAAAGGAGAAGAGCAACCAACCUGUACACAAAGGGAACGAGACCUCAAGUAUGGUAAGGGCUGGCCCUGGAAUACUAGGAACUGUGAGGCCCUAACCAAAGGAGAAAAGAAACUUUGCAAAAGAGAAAAAAGAAAGCGAUGCAUUCAGAGAGAAAAGAGCAAUGGUAAAAGUGAAAGAUCUGCCAGGAAAAAGUGUGGAGGAGAUCCUAGAAAAAAAUUCAAAAUCAAAGAUUGUCUGGAUAAACUGGCACAUUUCUCGCGAAACAAGGCGAAGAGAAAAUGCAAAACUCGAAAAUCCAGAUAUUUAAAAAAACUGAAGAAUUAAGUUCUUUCGAGGUUUUCUAUGCCAAAAUAUAUCCAACCCAGUGUCUUUCAAUGCUUUUUUUAGAACGAGAUCAAGUAUUCUUUCAAAGCAUAUGUUUACUCUAAACUUCUUGUUUUUAUUGUAUACAUAUUUAUUACUUUUAUUGUUGACUAUGUAAAAGAUGAAAUAUCAUUAUAAUGUUUUCUAAAAUUUCGUAUAGGUUAAACGUACACGAAAAAUCAGACCUAUUUAAAGAUAUUUAAUUUACAAAACUGAUAAAAAAUUCAAAAAAGACUAUCUUAUUAUUACUGACCAUUCUAUAGUCUGAAUACAAAAGAUUAUGUUAAAAGAUAAAUUAAAACAAAUAAUAGAGAAAAAUCUGUAAUUUUGUUCGUAAACCACCUUCUCCCAAACCAAAAAGAAGUAUUUAAUUAAAUUCUGCAAAGCAGAUAAAUGUAAUAUCCUAGCUGCCUGUCUAUAUAGCUGUCUAUGUAAAUCAAUCUUUAACUUAUACGAUAAGAUUACAGAUUAAACAAGCUAACUGCACAUGCAAUGUUGCAAUACUAUUUUACACAACAAAACCCAACAAAUUUAUUUUCUAAAAUUUCCCUGAUCUGAAACCAUACUUUGGACAAAAAUAUUAAUUUUCACGAAAAAAUUAUAAAUCUUGCCAAUUUUUAAUUGAUAAGAAUUAAAAUCAUUUAUUGUUAAAAGUAUUAUUUACAACUCUGCUCAGUGCUCAAUGUAAACAUUAUUAAUUAAACAAAUAAAUGUGAA